AAACAACUCAUCAUUACCAGCAACCAGGAAUUGCAUGACUCUGUAACCAUACAUUGGUAUCAAGAUUCGCCUAGAGACUAUUCUUUGGGAAUAAAAAUUAAAUCACUCGAUAUCAGUAUUACGCAGCCUGACGGCAGAACAUGUAUCAAAGUCGUUUCAAUUGAUAAUGUGAUGUCUGCCCGUUGGAACCUACCAGAUGUGUCAACUGAUCAAUGGAUUAAGCACUGUUUGGAGUUGAAAAACUUGAGUGACAUUAAAUAUUUCAGUAUUUUCGCCAAACAUCAAAGCAUGGUGUUGGAAGAUCUUUUUUCAUGUUUAUCUCAAUUGCCCAUUGAUACCCUCAUACUGAAUGGAUCCUAUCAGCCAGGUAUCAAACUAUUCGCUUCACUUUCAAAUGUGGACAACUUGUGCUUUGGUAGUCAUUUUUUGCGAACAGCUAAUUUUCAAGAAGUAUUUGCUCAAAAUCACGAUAAAUUCUUGGAUCAGAACUGUGAAUUGAAUUAUUUAUUGGCUUCCAAUGCAUCAUUUGUCGAAAUGAUUGACAGGCGGAAUCUGGGUACUCAACUCAAUUUGUUCUUGAAACAUUGGAUAGCAGGAUCAAAUCAAAGACUUUAUGGGUUUUUUCUCAGAAAACUGAGAUUUACAGAUGUCUACGAUGAAGCUGUAAUUUUUACAGGAAUUCAAUUUCAAGCAGCAGUAGCCCGAGGAGUUCAUCCGGCAUAUGAAAGAGAAAACUUACCACGAAUAAAACACGGUCGAAGUUUUGACAUCACACGCGGUGACGGGGUAGUUGCAACGAUUAGCUGGGCUAGGAAUUAUAUAGAAUUCUAUGUUAUGUUUUGUAUGCUUGUUUGGAAAUUUGAAUAA